GCGCGCUCUGGCGAAUUGGGUGAAGAAGAAGAAGAGAGGCAACAACAAAAGCAGAAGGAAGUGAUGACACAACGGCGAUAGGCGUGAGACGAUAACUCUGAAAACUUUUAUUUUUUUACUGGCUCAUCCCUAAUUACGCAGCUUUUAUUAUUUUUAUUUUAACAACAAUGUCGAAGAUAUUUACCCCGACAAAUCAAAUACGCCUCACAAAUGUCGCGAUUGUGAGGUUGAAAAAGGGAGGCAAACGCUUUGAAAUAGCCUGCUAUAAAAAUAAAGUGCUUUCUUGGAGGAGCAACAGCGAAAAGGACAUCGAUGAAGUGCUGCAGACCCACACAGUGUUCACCAAUGUCUCCAAAGGGCAGGCGGCCAAGAAGGACGAGUUGCAGAAGGCCUUCAAUAAAACAGAUGACGAGAUUUGCAAGGAGAUCCUGAGCAAGGGAGAACUCCAGGUGUCGGAAAAGGAGCGCCAAAGUUGCCUGGACUCCCAGCUGAACAGCAUAGUCAACUCCGUGGCUGCUCUUUGUGUAAAUCCCGAGACCCGUCGUCCAUACUCCGCCUCCAUCAUCGAGAAAUCGCUGAAGGAUGCCCACUUCUCUGUGAAGAUGAACAGGAACACCAAGCAGAACACACUGGAGGCCAUAAAGAUGCUCAGGGAACACCUGCCCAUCGAAAGAUCCCGCAUGAAGCUGCGGGUUAGCUUUGCGGGAAAGGAGGGAGGCGGCAAGCUCAAGGAGUCGGUGGUCAAGCUGGCCAACACCGUGGAGCACGAGGAAUGGGACGAGGCCACAUUGCAUCUCACUUUGCUUAUAGAUCCUGGCCAGUAUCGCGUCAUCGAUGAGUUGGUGAGGAACGAGACCAAGGGCAAAGGACUGCUUGAGCUGCUCGAACUGAAGGAAGUUGUGGAGAGCGAGGAACUGUUCUAGAAAUUGUAACCCCCGUAAAAGUCAUCCGUUUGGUAACGUUUAUGUAAAAAAUAAAUAAGUCUAUUUGAAAAUUAUAACGAUUUUGAUUUCUCAAAAAAAGAUUUAUAGAAGUAUUUUUUUUUCUAUUUAUUGCUUUGUCUUAAUUGAAAAUUUUGUUUUAUGUAAAUCAUAAAACAUUGAAUUAUAACUUGGUCCGUUUCUCUUUGACCAUGUAUUUUGUACAUACAUCUGUUUGCAUGUUUAUAAGUGAAUCCUCUAGAUUGUGAAAGGAAUAAACAAUUUCUUAACAAAUAUCAGGUGUUAUAAACAUUUAUCAUAAAAUGUCAUGAGUUUGGAUACCCUUAAAUAACUUCAAGAAUUUUAAUAGGCUUGAAUUUGAUAAACGAAUUUUUUUUAAAUAUAUGUACGGGUACAUGUUAUGGGAAUAAAAUGUAAGAUUACAAGCUUAGUUGCCCAGUUUCGUAUUGAGAUUAAGAAUUAAAAGGGAUCUAAUGUUCUUUACAUAUAUAUGUGAUUAUUUAUAUAAAGUAGGACCGAGAGUAUAACAAAUAUACUGCAAAAUUGAA